AUGAGUUCGAAUCCUAUUUUGCUCGAAAAUCUGUCGCUCUUCCCCGCCACGCCGGAGCAAACACUGGAGUGCCUAAAACGGACCGCUAUCGAAUGGGCGAAUGGAUUUACUACAGAAGACUUCGUCCGGCGAGAGACGAUAUUGAGUCUACAGGAACACGGAGCAGAGGGGAAGCUCACAUCUUGGGUGAUAGCACCUAGAGCAAAUCCAAAAACAUUGGAUUUCAUGUGCUCGUGUGACACAUUCCGCCGGACCGCAGUUGUUGCACGGCCAGGUGCAGACCCUAAAGCAAAAGAGAUUAUUGCUUACGGUAUAGCCUCUGUUUUCACGCCGCCAGAAAAGCGACGGAACGGAUAUGCACGACAUAUGAUGCGCCUCCUGCAUUGGGUCCUCGCACCGUGGAGUACACUUCCCCCAUUCCCUAAGGCCUGGGGUGCACCACCAGCUGUAGCGCACGGCAAUGCACAGCUUUCCAUCCUAUACAGCGACAUUGGCCCCAAUUUCUACUAUACGUGCGGACCCGAUGGCAACGGGACACCGGGAUGGGUCGAGUGUGAGUCUGUAGAGACGAGCUUGGUGUUAUCUUCGGAAAGGAUGAGGGAAAACGUCAGCGCCCCCCACAAGUCUUCGCACAGUUGGAUGUGGCUGGGAGAGGACGACAUGAAAUACGUGUGGGAGCAGGACGUUGAGUGGAUGAAGGCCGACCUGGCUGCCAGCGCGUCUUCUACUAGUCGUCUGCAGGUCGCGUUCCUGACCGAUAAGGGCGUCGGUGCGUCCCAGGGGGCCACACUGCACGACGUCCUCGAGAAUAUUGGAAGUGGGCGUCCCACGUUCGCGACGUGGUCCCUGGACACGCUCGCAUCCUCCCGCACGCUCAUCCUCACACGACUCCGAGCGACGAGAGUAACCUUCCCUGCGCUCGUAGAGCGGCUUAUUGAGUUUGCUAGAAGGUGCGACGUGGUGAAAAUUGAGAUAUGGGGGAUGAAUACGGAGCUGCAGGAAGUUGCGGGUGGACUGGGCUGGGAAACUACUAGGCGGGCCAGUCACCUGGCGUCUAUGAAAUGGUACGGAAAGGAAGUGAGCGACGAGAUUGAUUGGGCGUUUAACGAAAGGUUUUGCUGGGUCUAG